AUGGACGAAACCGUGAUAAAUAAAUACUAAUAAUAUUUUUUUAGAUUAAAUUGGAAGUAAAAAGUUUGUUAAGUGGAGUCUCUCCCGCUUACCGUCUUCUCAAUGUUACAGUAAUCAAUGUGGACGACCAUCGACCUCAAUUUUCUCUAUCCGAGGUGGGUUUAAUUACAUCGUGCUGCUUUUUCUAAUGCCGACGAUAAAAGGACUAAUUAAAGGAGAAUUGUUUGAUAAAUUGCCUCAGGCAAUCCUUAAAUACGGCUUUUUAGGCGGAAAGGAUAAUCUAUCUGUCCAAUGAAACCAUUGCACUACGAGCCGAAGACGAUGAUCUCCCUCCCUUCAACUCUAUCUACUAUUACUUACUGCCCAAAUGUGGGAAUACAAAGUUCGCAGAGAUUAAUGAGAUCUCCGGAAGAUUAAUCGUCAAGAACAACAUCCCUGAUGGCUCCAAAAUAUGUGUUUAUGCAAGGUACGUUGCAAUUACAGUUCAAUGAUGUUUAAAAAUAAUAAUUUAGCUCAAUUAAGUUGGAUGAUGACAUUGGAAGUCUUUAUUAUGAGAAACAUAAUAAGGCCAUGAUUAAAGUGACCAUCAAACGAGCCGAUUCCAUUUCAUCUUCCACUUCUAUUCUUCUGAAUUCUGAUUUAAAGCUUCAAUCGAUUGACUUGAAGAUAAUGGAACCAUUUCCCGACCGUCAUUAUGACCUCAAGUCCACCAGAUUUUUUCCGUUAGUUAAUGUCAUCAAAAAUAUACAAAAUGUUUUUAGAUUGAAAGGGGCUCCAGUAGAUGUGAAUGACCUUAUUUCGGUGGAUUCAGCCUCAGGAAUUCUCCUUUUCGAUCCUCGAAUUAUCGAUGAGCCAGAGGGCACAUAUCUGGUCAAUGUUAACAUUCAAGGCCCCGAUAAUGUAAAUGCACCUGUCCAACAUCUCGUUUAUUACAUCAGAGACUACAAUCAGCUCAGAUUCGUAUUUGACAACAAUGUAGACAAUGUGGGACUCAAUCUGGAGGCUUUCAAACAUCAAUUGGAAGGCAUUCUGAGUGGCCAGAGGAGACGGAAUGUUACAGUAAUCAAUGGGAGGUCUUGUGGACUGACAGAGUUUAACCAAAAGAGAAGGUAAACACUCAAAAGGGCGUUUAUUAAUGAGAUAUUGUACUUGCGCAUAUAGGAUUACAUUGCACUUCCUUUUCCAGAACCAAGAUUUGUUUCUUUUUGACCGAACAUGAUAAGAUAUUGGACUAUGAAACGAGUCUGGACUGGCUGAGCACCACGUCUAAUGCCAAUCCCCGACUGAUCGACCUCUAUUCCAAGUUCAGAGUUGUGGAUGUUGAUGUAAGUAAUUUUUUCUGUUUUUGUUUAUCCUGUUUUCCUUUUAAUUAUUUUUUUAGAGAUGCUUGGAUAUCAACUCCCUAUUGCUGCAUUCAUCCAGUUUAUCGUUGGAUCGGGAACAACUGGUGUGGAUUUUUGUGAUCUUCUGCUUGAUUACUCUGGUCAUCCUUCUGAUUGGCUAUUCGUGUCUCGUGAAAAGAAUCAAGGACAGGGUGAAUAAUGGUUUCUUCAACGGUGCGUUCCCUAAAUAGACCUUAAUUUCAAACCCUUCCAAAAAUAGGUUUAAAUUAAUGGGUUAUAACCGUUCACAAUACUGUUAUUAGUGCAUGUAGUUAUUAAUAUUAUUUCCCACUUUAUUUUGUUUUAGUGUUUUAUAAUAUAGGUUUUGUUAUCGGCCAGAGAUUAGCUUAUUUUAUAAACAUCAAACGAUAGGAAAGUGUUUGAGGAAACUACCGACAUUACUUUUGUUCCAGGCCAUUUAUUUUUGAGAAACAAUGAGAUCCAGCAACGAGAUUAAACGGGAGUGUGGCCCCAUUUUAAUGUUGUUUUUAUUUUCAGCUCUCUGA